AUGCUUGAGAGAAACACGAGAACAAGAGCGAGAGAGAGAUGGAGGCUAUGGAGUACUGCGUGACGGGAGGGACGGGGUUGAUAGGAUCGUACCUUGUCAAGGCCUUGCUCGAUAAAGGCCACAAAGUCCGGGCAACAGUCCGAGAUCCCGCCGAUGAGAGCAAGGUGAGCUUCCUCUUCACCUUCCAUGGCUCCCAGGAAAGGCUCAAGCUCUUCAAAGCUGAUCUAAUGGUGGAAGGGAGCUUCGAUGAAGCCAUUGAUGGUGUUGAUGGUGUUUUCCACGCUGCCUCUCCUGUUCUCGUUCCCUACGAUGAAAGGAUUCAGGAAACUUUGGUAGAUCCGACUGUGAAAGGCACGAUCAACGUGCUGAGAUCUUGCGCGAAGGCGAAAUCGGUGAAGAGAGUGGUGCUGACUUCGUCGUGCUCAUCAAUCCGCCACUUUGAGGACGCCACUCGCGCGUCGCCGCUCAAUGAAUCGCACUGGAGCGAUCUGGAGCAUUGUAUUCGAAACAAUUUGUGGUAUGCGUACGCGAAGACGACUGCUGAGAAAGAAGCAUGGCGGCUUGCGGAAGAGUUAGGGUUUGAUUUGGUGGCGGUGAACCCUGCCUUCGUUGUUGGGCCGGUGAUCUCGCCGGAGCCGACGAGCACUCUCCUGUUGGUCCUCGCCCUACUCAGAGGUGAACGAGAUGACUAUCCGAACAAAACAGUUGGGUUUGUGCACAUAGAGGAUGUGGUGAGAAGUCACUUGUUGGCAAUGCAAGAUAGCAGAGUCACAGGCAGGCUUGUUUGUUCAAGCAAUGUGGCUCAUUGGUCUGAAAUUCUUGAAAUGCUCAAGACCAAGUACCCUUCUUAUGCUAAUGCAAUCCCUACCAAGUGCAGUGUUGUGCAAGGAGAUAACAAACCACAUAGCUUGGAUUCCAGCAAGCUCAUUAACUUUGGAGUUCCAGCAUUGAAGACUAUUCCUGAGAUGUUUCAUGACUGCAUUAAGAGCUUCAAAGACAAAGGGUUUCUCACUCAUUAACCUUUUCUUUUUUUAAUGUCAAAAGUUUUACUUCAAUCAAUAAAGACCCAUCUUAUUUUAAGGAAGACACAAAGCAUCAAUGUUGUGAAGUAUUGCCUGCCAAAAUGUUUAUCAAAUAAUUAUCAACUUGUUAUAUGGUCAUUAAAAUAACCAAUCUUAGAAUUGACUUUAAACAAACAAACCAACAAGAUUCAUAAAACUUCUUGGACGGUGCUUAAACCCCGGAAAAACCCAAGAAAUUUCUUACAUGCCAAUGCGAACAACCAAACACUAUGACAUAAAUUGAGACAUAAUAUUAAUAAUAAUUUAACUAAUUUUUGUACUCCCUAAACCCAAGAAAUUUUUGUACUUCCGGGUUUCGUAUUCGGGUUCAUCCUCGUCGCUGGAUGAAUCCGUAGCGUCGGGGUCGGAGAAGACGACGCUGAGCUUUCGGAGCUACCGUUCGGAUUCGGGUCGGGCUCUCAGUUUCGGAUCCGGACUUUUUCCCCACUUCCUCCGCAUCCGAUUCUGAUUCACCAGCUGCCGCUGCGGACCUGGCAUUUUGUUUUUCUCUCCCUUUUUUUCCUCAAAAAAAAAAAA